CCCCUUUCUGUGUUAAUGUUACCUAGAUACGUAAGUUGACAAAAUCUGAUCUGUGAGCUGCCUCGAGUUACACCCAGCCAUUCGUAUAUUCGUAUUUUGUAUCAUCCAUGAUAACCGGACUAGCAAACCGGCCAGCUAUGCUAAGCAAAUAAAUCCCUGCCUUGUAAAUGAAAUGGUUCGAUGGCGCAGUGGCUUGGGUGUAAGUGCUUACGAAGGUGGCUUCUUGCACUACACAAUGCCCAAUAGAUAAUUGCAUACAUAGUCGCACAUCAAGGUGUCGGGCUCCUACAAAACUCCACCCAGCUUCGGUUCAUAGCUAAAUAGCCACCCACCCAAUCCAAUUAACAAUCGGAAAUUUACUUGCUCAUGGGCGUGGACUUCCCCAGUUCCGUAUAUCCUUGAGCGUUGCCCUUCCUCGAAUCCACAAUCCCAUUCACCCAUGUCCCAUCCAGAUAACGUAAAUCUGCCAGCUGGUAUUCCAACGUACUCUCAACUGCCGUUGCACAAUGUCAGAGAGAACCGCCAAUGACGCAGCUGGUGUCUCCAGCCCAGGCAAGCAGAGGAGGCAAGAGAUUGGCUUGGAGAAGUCGUCAACGUCUGGCACUUCGAAAUCGGAAACUACGAACGAGAAAUACAAUGUCGGCUGGAUCUGUGCUGUAACCGCGGAAUACGUUGCCGCACAAGCCUUUCUAGAUAAACGCCACGAGCAACCUGAAUUCCAAGCACAGAACGAUAAUAAUGAAUAUACCUUAGGAGAGAUAGGAAAACACUAUGUCGUAGUUGCCGUCCUUCCGGAUGGGGAAUACGGGAAAGCAUCUGCUUCUAGUGUUGCACAGAUAUGCUACGGAGCUUCCCUAAUAUCAGAGUUGGCCUCAUGUGGUGUGAUUCACUACGACUUUGGCAAGGCAGACCAAAGCAAAGGGUUUAUACGCACUGGUUAUCUCAACCUGCCGCCACCUGUUGUGCGUGCCGCUGUCGCAGGAAUGCAGGCGAAGCACGACCUCGGCGAAUACCAGCUAGAAGACGCUAUUCAUGCUGCCAUUGAAAAGAGGCCAAGGCUUCGGAGGAAGUACGGCCGUCCCGAAGCAAAUACCGACAGGCUCUACCAAUCCAACUUCACCCACGAUAGCGGGCGAGCCUGCUGCACGACUGCAAUCGAGGAUGACGAGUCGAUAUUGGUCACCCGGUGCGACCGAGCCGAAGACAACGACAUACCAGUAAUUCAUUAUGGCCAAAUCGCAUCGGGCGACCAAUUGAUGAAGAACGCUUUGGCUCGAGAUCACUUUUCGGAGGUCGAAAAUGUCCUUUGCUUUGAAAUGGAAGCAGCGGGGUUAAUGAAUAAAUUUCCAUGUCUAGUUAUUCGUGGUAUAUGCGACUACUCAGACACGCAUAAGAAUUACCACUGGCAAGGAUACGCCGCGAUGGCAGCAGCCGCAUACGCUAAAGGCUUGCUGAAUUGCAUUGUACCAAGCAGGAUGGAAGCCGAGAGGAAGAUAAUUGACGUUCUUGAUAAUUUAAACGAGAGCGUGAUAGAGAUGGGUCUCAAAGUGAGCAAUUUUGAUCAACGAGCAGUUCUAGACAAGCUUCCCAUUGUUGCAGACGCACUUUUUGAUUCCAACGCCGAAGAACACAAUCCAACCUGCCUUGAAGAGACUCGUGUUGAAAUCCUUCACCAGAUAUUGGAAUGGAGCAGAGACUCUCAGGCCAGAACUGUAUUCUGGCUAAACGGCAUGGCUGGCACUGGCAAGUCGACAAUUUCGCGCACCGUGGCACGUUCCUUCUUCGCGGCUGGACAAUUAGGCGCUAGCUUUUUCUUCAAAAGGGGUGAGGCAGAUCGAGGAGGAAUAUCCAAGUUCUUCAGCACUAUCGCCGCUUGUCUAGUCCAACGAAAACCGGCCCUCGGGAACCACGUUAAAAAUGCUAUUGAGGGCGACCCCAGCAUAUUCGAGGAAACAUUGCGAGAGCAGUUCGAAAAGCUUGUCCUCAUACCCAUAUCUAAGACUCCUAAAGAUGAUAAACUUGACUCCCUUAUUAUCGUUAUUGAUGCUCUAGAUGAAUGCGAGCGAGAGGAUGAUAUAAAGCUAAUUAUUAGGCUAUUUUCUGACGCGAACACUCAUACCAAAGGUCCACAGUCUCUGUGGCUACGCAUAUUCGUAACCAGCCGCCCGGAGUUACCUAUUCGCUUAGGUUUCUCCAGCGUUAGCCAAGGUACAUACCAAGAUCUAAUUCUCCAUGAGAUACCACUACCAACCAUUGAACAUGACUUAUCUACAUAUUUUAAUCAUGAGCUUACGAAAAUCAAGAAUAAGUGGGACUCACUACCAUCAACUUGGCCAAUGCGAUCAGAUGUAACCAUACUCGUAAAGAGCGCUAUUCCGCUAUUUAUUUAUGCAUCAACUAUAUGUCGAUUCAUUGACGACUCUAGAACUAGCGACCCUGAGACAACACUUCGAAGGGUUUUAGAGUAUCAAACUAAAGGCUUAGGGUCCAAACUCGAUUUAACAUACAGGCCCAUUUUAGACCGUCUUAUGGAUGAUCCUAGCGAAGAAAAGAGAAUGGAAGUAUUGGAUCUUUUCAAAUACCUUAUCGGCUCAAUCAUUAUCCUAGCUACGCCGCUUUCUACUACUACUCUAGCAAGUUUGCUCGAUAUUCUUUCAACCACAAUUGAUAGCCACCUCCGGUUUCUCCAUUCUGUUUUAAGCAUACCGUCGUCGGCGAACCGCCCCGUGCGCCUACUACACCUGUCGUUUCGAGACUUCCUCCUUGAUCCAUCAGGCAAGGACUUAUUUCGAAUAAAUGAGAAAGGGGCUCAUAAAAGAUUAGCAUUUAGAUGUGUAAAGGUUAUGAACAAAAACCUUCGAACUAAUCCAUGCCACAUUCAAUGGCCUGGGACCCCCGCAUCGAAUAUAAAUUCUCAGACAAUUCACGACAACAUUUCACCAGAGGUUCAAUAUGCCUGCCACUAUUGGGUUCACCAUACGGAACAAACAGGAUAUCGUGUGCAUGAUAACGACUGGGUCCACAAUUUCCUCAAACGACACUUUCUCGACUGGCUAGAAACAUUGAGUCUCCUAGGGAGAGCUUCAGAAAGUGUCCAAAACAUUCGGAUACUACAAUCUCUCUUUCAGCCCGGAAGCUGCACGGAGCUCUUAGCUCUCCUGAAAGAUGCUGAGCGCUUUGUUAUUGAGUAUGUUUCAAUAGUGCAAUAUGCGCCUCUCCAACUAUACUGUUCAGCACUCGUUUUUGCGCCGGAGAAGAGUAUUAUUAAAAAUUUAUUCCGCGACGAUAUUCCCGACUGGAUCUCUACCACACCGAAUGUUGGCGAAUUCUGGGACCCUUGCUUGGGAAUCCUUGUAGGUCACGAAGAAGAAAUUAUCAGUAUAGAGUUCUCACCCAACUCAAGGUUUAUAGCGUCGAGGGCACAGAAUUCGGGAUUAUCAGAGGAACAGACAGUAAAGGUUUGGUCGGUUGACACGGGUAUGUUGCAGCAAACUUUUGAAAACCAUCCAUAUCCCGUGGUUUUCUCACCGGAUUCACGGCUACUAGCUUCACAUUCCGAGAAUCAGACAGUGCAGUUCUGGUCUACCGAUACAGCGAUAUUCCAGUGGGAAUCUAAGAAGUAUGAAAAUAUCAGCGCAGUGGUAUUUUCACCCGAUUCGAAAUUUGUGGCGUUAAUUUCAGACAAUGUGGUAUAUAUAUGGUUAGCCACUGGGGCGCUACAGCAGACACUCGUUGGCCAUAACGGCUCGGUUUCUUCCGUAGUAUUCUCGCCAAAUUCAGAAUUUAUAGCGUCUGCUUGGUGUGACCAGACUGUGCAAGUUUGGUCAAAGGAAGGAAAGCUCAUGCGAACCAUUGAGGGUUAUGGUGCGGCAGUAAACUCAUUAGAAUUCUCGGCCGAUUCAAGAUCUAUAGCAUUAGCCACUGCCGGGACGGUUCGAUUCAUAUCAAUCUAUACGGGGCUCCUGGAGAGAAACAUGAAUGCUGCUACUUACUCGGCUACAUUUCCAUAUGACCCGAAGUUUACAGUAUCCCACGACGAGUUCGUGGUAUGGGCACUACCAGUUCAUACGGGAAAGCGCUAUGCGGUUGGUGCCCACGUUAACCCGAUACUUACUGUUGCAAUUUCACCAGAUUCAAAGUUUGUAGCUUCAGCUGGCCAAGAUAAUAUCGUUCGUCUCUGGUCACCUUAUAUCGAGAUAGAUCCAGAUUCUAUAUUCGCUGCCAUUAGGCUCGUUUUCAUUACAAUCUCACCCAACCGCAAACUAAUUGCGGCAGGUUCAUUAAAAAAUGAUACGAUACAGCUUUGGUCAACCGAUACGGGAUUGUUGCAGUAUACACUCAGCGGCCAUAGUUCUGAUGUCGAGUCAGCCGAGUUUUCGCCUAAUUCCGAGUUUAUUGCGUCAACUUCGAUGGGUCCAGAAAUACUGGUUUGGUCCAUCGAGAACGGGUCAUGGCUGCGGACACUCGAACUCCAUUGCGGCGGGGUUCGACAAAUCGUAUUUUCGGCCGACUCGAGAUACAUCGCGUCGAUUUUCGAGUCUAGGCGAAUAGAGCUUUGGUCGGUGGCAGUGACGCCGCUGAUACUUACAGGCCACGCUAAUACCGUAUCAGUCGCGUUCUCUCCCGAUAGCAAGUUUAUUGCGUCAUAUUCGAGGGAUGACACGGUACAGAUUUGGGCGGUUAAUUCGGGGAAGACUUUGUGGGCAACCAGAAAUCAUAUUGAUCUAGCAUACGAUCCGGUCUCGUAUUCGUAUGAUUCAAAGCUCAUCACUUUUUCAUAUGAUUCGAAGCUCGUGGCGUCCGUCUCGAGAGAUAGAACGAUAAGGACCUGGUCGGUAGGCACAGGAUGUCUGCAGCAAACACUUGCCGAUUGCCGUAGUCCUCCCGCUUAUGUGAUCGCGUUUUCACCAGAUUCGAAGCUCAUAUUUACCGGCGGGCACGAGGUAUGGGUCUGGUCCCGCGAUGUAGGCGCCUGUAUACAAACAAUCGAACUAAGGUCCAAGUGCAAUAAGCUACGCUUUGAUGAUGAAAAUAAGACUCUAUCGACAGGUAUCAGCGACUUCUCACUCGCUCACAUAUCCCGACCUACUAAUGUCGUCGGCGAUAUCGCAAAUCGUUCUCCCCAAACAUUUUCUAUCCGAGCCCCAUUUGACUAUUCCGAAAAUUACUAUGGUGUGAGUAAAGAUAGGUACUGGAUUACUUUAUAUGGAAACAAGUUGCUUCGUUUACCAGAAGAAUACCGUAAGCCAUAUAUCUCAACCUUUGGCUCCACUAUAGCAAUUGGAUGUAAUAAAAGAUUUACUCUCUUGCAGUUUAACAAUAAGAUUCAUGAUCUUGGCUUUACACCUAGAUACUAUUAUGAGGAUUGUGAAUGA